AUGAUUGCUUUAGCAGUGCUUUUUCUCGUGCUUGCGAAUGUCGCUUAUGCGCAGGUGUCUACGGCCGCGCUACUUGAUGUUGAAUUUGGAUACUCGGAAGCCAACCAGAGUGGAAUAGUAAUUGGCACUGGCGCAGAAGGCACAUCGUUUAUCAUCUCUGGUACACUAGGGGCGAUCGACAGGCCAUAUACAAUGACGGUUGUUCAAGAUGCGACGCAUUAUUCCAAGGGCGGCGGAGUCGGUGCAACAGACGCUGCUAUACCACCAUACACCAUACAAUGCGACCUGUCAAAUACUAGUGUAGCUAUCUGCACCGAGCAAUUUGCAUUGUUGACGACCACGUUCACUGAGAGCGUUAGUAUCACUAGUGUUGUCGUAAGUCCUGGGACUGGGACUGGGUUUCCGACACGCUCGACGUCACCCGUGCCUCCUCCCUCUACGGUGCAUGCCUCGGGAGGUGGCCCAGACAACUCGCCUGUACCAUCUUCCGGAGGAGAUCUAGUUCCAGGUCUACCCCCAAACUCGGGCCCGAUGAGAGCCAAAAUACCCAGGUCGUCAUUAAUAUUAGCCAUCCCCGUUUUGGCAACUUUAUUAAUGAUCUUGUAA